GAAGUGAAUGUUCAAUGUGGCGCCAAACGACGCCAGCUAAGAAAAUGCCUUCCAACGUGGAAAUCAAAGCAAAGGUGAAGGAUUUUGAAACGUUUAAGAAAAAGGCAAAAGAACUCAGUGGAUCUGAAGGUAGCAUUUAGGAGAUAAUGAGAUGUUAUUUUCCCAUCUACCCUAUUUCUGCUACUUGAUUAUACACCUAACAUCGGGGCAACGACGGGUAGUGCCUGGUUGAGAAAAUUAGAGAUCACGAUCACACCACCGUAAAUGCUCAAUUCAAAGGCUGGGAUGAAUAGUGCUAUCCAACGGAUAAAUCACUAUUUAGUGUUAGUAAAAUCCAACUAGUGGUCUAUUAUCAAUGCUACGUUCUGAUUGGUUGAGCUACCACUAGGCUAUACGGUCAACUCUUUCUAAGACGAACACCUUUGGGACCGGUACUAAGUGCCCAUCUUAGAAAGGUGUCCGUCUUAUAAAGAGUCAAAUAAAAGGAGUAAAGAAAGGCAGGGACCAACUCUAGGUGUCCGUCUUAUAAAGGUGUCCGUUAAGAGAGAGUUGACUGUAUGUUAUAGCCCACUAGUAUCGAAAAGCGCGGGCUUUUUUGCAGCAAAAAAGGAUUAAAGGCUAGCUUUAACUAGCUAAACUUUUUUUAUUCUCGAUAUUUUUGACCAACUAGUUGGAUUUUACUGAAACAAAAAAUUAUUCCUCUCGCCUUCAUGGCCUCUAAGUCAAUAGCCCAUUCGGGCUCGAGGAAUAAUUGUUAAAUAUGUGCCAAUAGGGAAACCAUUUUAAUAUUAUCCAUGCUUGUGGAUCUUGGAUAGCCUAGCAUUAUAUCAUCCACCCCCUUAUUUUGAACAACGAGAGCCAGAGCACUUAACAUUCAGAGUAUGAAGAAGUUGAUGUUUUGUGAAACAUUGAUGAGACGAGCGCAACUAGUUUGCAACUCACCCAACAGCCUACAAGACAAGACUGACCACCUAAACAACAUUUUAAGGAAAAACAACUACAACAUGGACUUUGUUAGAUGGCACACUCACAGUAACGCCAAUUCCAACACUUUGACUAACAUUAGUAAUCUCUGCCUCUGUUACGGCAGGGACUAUACUGUACAUCAGAGGCACCUCUGAAUUGAUUGCACAUAUACUACAACCCUAAAACAUAUGCGUUGCACACAUACCGAUGACCACUUUGUGACGACUGCUUAGUAAUGACAAGGGCAAAGAUGGACCAGAGGACAGACAAGGAGCAGUAUACAAGAUCAAAUGCUGUGACUACCAGACCGCUAACAUUGGUGAGACUGGUGGAAACCUUAGCAUGCGACUCUCUGAACACAAGCAAGCGACAAGAAAUGGCCGGUGAUGUCUACAAUCACAUUGCUGAGCACCAUGUACAGACAAAACCUCAAAUUGACUGGCCAUGCGCCUUUGUGACAUGCAUAAAAUAUUCUAUAGACUAUUACCGACAACACUUUAGAAAGCUGGUUUACUAACUUAGAGCAACAGCCACCGAAUCGCAGUCAACAAUUACUAGUACCAUAAAAGAUACUUAUUGACGGACUCAAACAAAACUGACCACGACAGAAUAAUGACUGAUUAUAACCGACCAUUUGACUAAAAAUAAACGACUGUUCAACAACAAGGCAGAUUGAAAUGCUCCAGUUGGCUAUGAACAUUCUUAAAAGAGUCUUCAUAGCCAAAAACAUCACUGCUUAACUUACAGACCACCAAUAACAUUGUAACUUGUAACAUUGACCAAUCAUAUCAAUUACCAGAGUUUAAUAACAUCAACUGAUGUGAUACAACUUACUUUGACUCUGAACUGACAGUUGAGCGAGGUGUCGACCAAGUGUCGGUGACGGUGAUAUGUUGGUGAUCCAUUGGCGAAUAAUGACUGACUAUUGAUACAAUAUUGACCCAGUAUCAACCGAUGGGUUAUAGGGCCAACUAUCGGACACAUGCAGUGUAACGACCAACACUUGGCCAAUACUCUACUAACACUCGACUGAGACUCGACCGAUGUUUGGCCAAUGUAUUGACUGAUAAUGUCGACCGAUACGUUGGUCAACACCACCUAUAAGACCGAGAUCCCUCUUUUACUUGCCCUGCUACUUACUUGCUUGCUGUUCCAAGUACUUGAUGAUUUCACGUUUUAUGGUUCUUGUAAUCUGCAAGCUGAGGUGGAAUGUACAGGUUUUACACUGUAGCUUAUCAGUAACUGUUUAUGCACUUAUUACUUUGCCAUGGAAUUUUGCAGGAGAAGUUAUUGAACAGAAAGAUAUAUUUUUCAAUGUUCCUCAAGGACGACUUAAGGUAAUCAGAACUUUUGAUCAUUUGCUGUUAUAUUUUUUUAUUUGCUUCAGUUUCAGUUCAUUUAUUUGCCAGAAAAAAAUAUAUAUAUAUAUAAAUACAUUCAGACAUUCAAUAUAUUACAAAAAAGGUUAGUUAAAGAUUAAAGAGACGUAAAUUGUUAGUAAAAGAAUUAGAAGUAUUUUUGUGGUGAGGAAGCUCAAAUUGAAACCUUGUGGCUUAUUUUCUGAGCUCCCUCCCUAACCUAAGACUAAAUAAAAUGAAUAAAUAAGCAGUGGAAUCAUACUGAAAUAUAAUUGCAAUAAAAAUCAGCCAAAACAAAACAGACCAAACAGACGAAAAGCAGCAAAAAACAAGUAUAUGUAUUAUUUAAGUAGCUUUAAAUAAAGUCUGUUUCCCAGUGUUAGAUAGAACCUUAUUAUUUUUGAGUGACCAAUAUACUAAUCUAUCUCCAGAUAACCAUCCCACCGAAACUAAUCUUCUUCGCAGUUAGUUCCACAAACUAUUAAUUUUAGGUGUCCCAAACUCGGCACAAUGAACCUACAAUAGUGAAAUCCUCUUUCCCUUCACAAUCUCCCGAUUUUAUAUUUUAAAGUACUAAUUUGUAUUAAUUAUAAUAACUACCGGUAUUCUGUGUGAGUGUAAAUAAAAAUUGACUUGACUUGACUUGACCCCUUGUGUCCGUGCCAGUACCAACUCAGAGGUUGCACAUUCUUGGAAAGUCCUUGAAAAUCAAAUGUGAUCAUUGAAAAAGUCCUUGAAUUCCAUUUUUCCUUGAAAAAUCCUUAAAUUUCUGUGGUAGUCCUUGAAAAGUCCUUGAAUUUUCUUCAACUUUGAAGGUAGUGGCCUUGAAAGUGUGUUUAAUAGAAUAUAUCAAUAAUCAUAGCCCACAGAAUUUUUAAGGUGAUUUGCAAAGCACAUUUUGUGUUUUAUAAGAAUUAAUUAUCAAUUUUAGACAAUUGAACUGAAAAAUGUAGAGAAUCUGGUGGAGCAAACAAUCUAAGCCUUAUCAAAGUCCUGUUAGCUUGGACUCCUGGGAAUGAGCAUUUAUGUACAAAUCUGUAACUUACGUUCCUUGUAGGUGGUCCUUGAAAAUCGAAUAUGCUUCUUGAAAAGUACUUAAAAAAUGGUUGCAAUUUUUUUUGUAUGAACCCUGUUACUGUAUGACUGUUUCUUCUGGCUUCAGCUCAGAUUUCUUCAAAACAAACCAUCUCAGCUUAUAUACUAUGAGAGGGAUGACAAGAGUGGUCCAAAGAUGUCAGACUACUUUAUCACCACUACAAAUGAACCUGAAGAUUUAGCAAAUGUUCUUUUACAAGCACUGGGCGAGAAAGGUAAGGUGAUAAGCAUGUGCAAUGACUUUUUUUGUUGUUUGUUAAGAAUGAUAUGUUUGAAUGUGUGUUCCUUUCAAAGCAUCCACUCAUUAAUUUGCUUAACUGUGUGCUUUGUAUAGAAAAAUAUGUCUUGUUCUUUCCUUUCCUUUAAUACACUGUGAUACUACACUGAGUAUUAUGCAUAAAAGCAGUUUUUGGUGAAGUAGAGAAAAUGAAAUGGAAUAAUGGAAUGCAUGAAUUCAUCUUCAUUGUCAUACAUGUAAGAAAUUGACCAAGCUGUUGUUAGUAACACUCAUGUUCUUCUUACCAUCAUUGUUUUUGUCCUCAUCAUAAUCAUUACAUACUUUGGUGACAAUUAAAUUCAACUUAUUAAGGUGUUGUUAAGAAAAAACGAUUGCUGCACCUUGUGGGACAGACUAGAAUACACUGUGAUGAGGUUGAAGGCCUUGGACAUUUUAUGGAAUUAGAGGUUUGUUUUGAUUUUGUUUUUUCCCUGAGUACAGUAUUUUGCUUUUCAUUUGAACUGUAUGUGAUUUUGAAUAGAAGACUUCCAGGCCCCGGUUGUUCAAACGUUGGAUAGCACUAUCCACCUGAUAAAUCACUAUCCAUAAGUAUUAGGGAAACCAAUCACGUUAUCCACUGAACAGAUUCUUUUUAUCCAAUGGAUAGCGCUAUCCAACAUUUGAACAACCAGGGCCUGGAGAAAAGGAAACUUGGUUGCAUUCAUUCAGGGUAGGAGGUUUGAAAAGUUAGACUGUAAAUUUCAGUGUUAGACUUUCAAAGGGAAGUAAUUUUUUGCGUGAAUUAUUGUGAGGUUUGAGAAACCAUGGGUUCAAGAACAACAUAUUUUAGUAUAUUUGAUAAUAAAAGCAUAUUUUGCAAUGAUUAGGUCACUGGUGUGAUUCUAGUUAAUACAAUGCUUAUUUAUAAACCUCAAUGUUUGCCUUGUUAGACUUAUUACCUUAUGAUGACUAUACUUUUUUAUGUUCAUUUUCACCAAAAAGAUGAAGUUUAGCCCCUUUUCGCUAAUGCCUUUUGUCAUGGUUGUUUUGAAGUUUACAGAUCUAUGCAAUGAUCAGUAAAUUUCACUGGAUUCUUUGGUAAUUAUUAGGUUGUAAUGAAAGAAAACCAAAGUGCCUUGGAAGGUGAAGAGAUUGCCAAAGACUUGAUGUUCAAGUUAGGAGUUGAAGACAAAGAUCUUAUCAAGGGGGCAUAUAUAGACUUGCUUAGUUCAAAAGACGCUUAAGACAGGCGGUUUAUGGAAGGCCACGGUGUUACACUGCUGCCCGACUCUGCAUUCAUGCAGAUUGCAGAACUAUGAAGCGGUCAGCUAGUCAGAACUUGAUAAAGGGAUGGACUCUAAGAAAGUCCACAACUUUGUCCUGGUAGAUUCUCACAAGGCUCAUUUUAUUAAGCAAAACUGUAGGCUAUCUUUAAAUCUAUUGGUAGAAGCCUAGGUGGCUUGUAAAAAGUUCAUGGAGCGUCCGAAAUGAAAGGUUUUUGUUAGCAAAAGGUCUUUAUGCCAAUGUUUUUAUUUUUGGGUGGGGUUUAACUUCAUAGACUUCAUGGAAGUUUUGCUGGAGUGUAGAAUGCGACUGAAAUUUGAUCUUUUUUCCAAGUGAUACCGAAAACAGAUUGUUUGAACAUUGAAAAGGAAAAUGUGGUUUAUUUGAAAUUAAAGAGAAAUUUUCGAUAAAGGAUAUAAAAAUUGAGUGUACAAAAAGAGGCAAAAUUAAAG